AUGUGGCUGCAGGCGGCGCAGCUGAGGCCGCCGUUCGAGGGCAUUCUGUCGAGCAGUGCGGGGGACAACCCGGCGCUGUAUCAAUGGAACCUCGUGCGCCUCAUCUACUGCGACGGCGGUGGGUACGCCGGCACCAGGGGCGCGCUCAACGUCUCCCUCGCCGCCCCUGCUGCUGCCGCCCCUCGCAACUCCAGCUCAGCUGGCAACUCAACCAGCGGGUCAACGGGGUCAACGAGGUCAACCAACGCAUCGGCGCCGUCCACGGCAGCCAUCUUUCUGGACGGGUGGAACAUCAUCCAGGCCGUCAUUGCAGAUCUCGUGCAGAAGCGCGACAUGCGCUCACCCUCACAAAUUUUGCUUUCGGGCAGCUCAGCGGGCGGGCAAGCAACAGUGAACCUUUGUGAUUGGCUGGCGUCGUCCUUCCCAUCUGCCUCCACGCGGUGCCUCGUUGACUCGGGCUUCUUCCUUGACACGCGUGACCGUGCGAUGAACUACACCUUUCGCUCGCUGGCGCAGAACCUCACUGCACUGCACCGCCCCUCCAACCCCACCUGCCCUUACG